AUGCAUCUUCUUUCGCUCAACCUCCCUGAUCUGUUGCUCAAACUCUGGCAUGGGACAAUAGAAUGUGAGCCACCAGACACAAAGGCAUCGUGGUACUGGGCCUCUUUGAUGGGUAACACCUGGAAAACCCUUGGAAAAGACGUCGCAGAUGCACGUCCCUACCUUCCUGGCUCGUUUGACCAUGUCCCAUGCAACAUUGCUGAGAAGAUUAAUAGUGGGUAUAAGGCAUGGGAGUUCUGGCUCUUCCUCUACAGACUUGGACCAGCUGUGUUGUAUAAGCACUUGCCAGACGAGAUAUGGGAACAUUUUUGCAGGCUUGUUCAUGCCGUCCGUAUCAUCUUCCAGCAUUCAAUCUCACACAAUGAGCUCCGCCUAGCGAACACACUAUUCCUUGACUGGUCGAAAGAGUUUGAGCUGCUCUAUUAUCAGCAUCUCCCUACUCGCAUUCACUUUGUACGGCAAAGUGUUCAUGCUAUUGACCAUUAUGGAAAUGAAGUUGAAACGAAGGGCCCUCUUAUUUGUGCUUCUCAAUGGACAAUGGAACGCACUAUUGGAAAUCUUGUUGAAGAAAUUCAGCAACCUUCUAACCCAUAUGCGAACCUUGGUCAGCGUGCAAUCCGCCGUGCACAGAUCAACGCUCUGAAAUCCAUCAUACCCUCACUUGACACCAGUGACACAAAAUGUCUUCCCCGCUUUGCAAAAGACCUUGGAAGUGGAUAUGCAUUAUUGAAGUGCCAAGAUCAGACAAGUCAUGCAACUACUGUUCAUGAAGGAUGGGCUAUUCAAGACUACAUUGAAUGCACCUGCUCCAAUUCACCCAUCCUUCAACAGUUCCCUAAUGAUGGCACUAUUCGUGUUUGUCGAUGGGCUCGUCUACAGCUCCCAAAUGGACAGAUUGCCCAUUCUCUUUGGAAAGAAACACGUUUCAAUGCCAGACAGUCAUGUAACGUAAAGAUCAUGCUUGAUGGCAAACCUAGAGUUGGCGAAGUGCAAUAUUAUUUUGAGUGUCGGAUUGACUGCAUGAAGCCCAUUGAAGCUCUCGCAGUUAUUAAACUAUUCUCUCUCCCUCACCAAGAGCUCCUUCGACGGUCUCAUACGACUUUUGCAUCCUGCCAAUAUCUUGGGGAUGCUGGCACCAUUGCUGUGAAUGUCAACUCAAUCCAUUCUGUUGUUGCAAUGGUCCCACAUAAACUCGACGACAAGGACCGGUUCUAUAUGGUUGAGAAACCUGGCGGAGAUGUGACUUGCCUUGGUGGGUACUUAGAAGAGCACAAGCAAAUAGACGAGCAGUAA